ACAUUUCUCAAACGUGCUUCUGGAAAGAUCUUCUCACUUUGCAGGCUGAAUUAUCUUUCUUAAUAAUGUAUUCCCUACAACCCAUUCAAGUCCUCAAUGCAGGCGCUGAGGAGGAGAGGUCAGAGAUUGCGCGUUUGUCAUCCUUUGUAGGAGCUAUUGCUAUUGGUGAUUUGAUCAAAAGUACUUUGGGACCCAAGGGAAUGGACAAAGUGCUGCAGUCUGGUGAUCCAAAAGAUCCAGUCCAUGUGACCAAUGACGGAGCAACUAUCUUGAAAGCCAUUGGAGUGGAUAAUCCAGCUGCUAAAGUAUUAUGUGACAUUUCUAAAGUCCAGGAUGAUGAAGUAGGCGACGGAACUACAUCUGUGACAGUCUUAGCUUGUGAACUACUUAGGGAAGCCGAACAGUUGGUCUCGCAGAAGAUGCAUCCACAGACUGUCAUAUCUGGCUGGAGGAAGGCUACGGAUGAAGCCAGAAGAGCUCUCGCUGAAGCUGCGCAGGAUCAUGGCACUGACCCAGUUCAGUUCCGUGAAGAUCUCAUGAACAUCGCCAGAACCACAUUAAGUUCUAAAAUCCUGACCAACCACAAAGACCAUUUUGCUAAAUUGGCUGUUGAUGCCAUUCUCAGGCUCAAGAGUAGCGGAAAUUUAGAUGCCAUUCAAGUUAUCAAGAAACUAGGGUCAUCUCUUCUUGACUCGUACUUGGAUGAAGGUUUCCUUUUAGAUAAAAAGAUAGGUGUUAACCAACCCCGAAAAGUUGAAAACUGCAAGAUUCUUAUUGCCAAUACUCCAAUGGACACGGAUAAGAUAAAGGUGUUCGGGUCCCGAGUCCGAGUAGAUGCAGUUUCCAAGGUAGCAGAAUUGGAAUUGGCAGAGAAGGAAAAAAUGAAGGAAAAGGUGCAAAAGAUUUGUAAACAUGGAUGCAAUGUCUUCAUCAACAGACAACUGAUCUAUAACUACCCUGAACAAUUAUUUGCCGAUAACGGUGUGAUGGCCAUAGAACAUGCAGACUUUGAAGGUGUGGAACGCUUAGCCCUUGUCACUGGUGGUGAAAUCACAUCAACAUUCGACAGUCCUGAAACAGUCAAGCUUGGCACGUGUGACGCGAUUGAAGAGGUCAUGAUUGGAGAGGAUAAACUUCUCAGAUUUUCUGGUGUGGCACUAGGAGAAGCCUGUACCAUUAUCCUUCGUGGAGCAACCAAACAGAUUCUGGAUGAGGCUGAGAGAUCUCUGCAUGAUGCCCUCUGUGUGCUCCAGCAGACCGUGAAAGAAACGAGGACGGUUUUCGGUGGAGGAUGCUCUGAGAUGUUGAUGGCCAAUGCUGUCAGUGCCCUUGCUGCCAAGACUGCUGGGAAAGAAGCUGUUGCAAUGGAGGCAUUCGCCAGGGCACUAAGAACGUUGCCUACGAUAAUUGCGGAUAAUGCUGGAUAUGACAGUGCCGACUUGGUGGCUCAACUCCGAGCUGUUCACACUGCUGGAGAAAAGACAAUGGGACUUAACAUGAAUGAUGGGACAGUUGAUGACAUGGAGAAGAUGGGAAUUCGUGAAUCGUUCCAAGUCAAGCGCCAAGUCCUACUUAGUGCCGCCGAAGCAGCUGAAAUGAUCCUUCGCGUUGAUGACAUCAUCAAGGCUGCACCGCGACAACGCGCACCAGACCGUUGCAUGUAACUGGUGUCUUCAUUGUUCUCAUCAUAUGUAUUUAUAACGUGAUGGACAGUCAUAUCGAAACCACUCAGUCCUUCACGAAAAAUUGUGAAAACUUUCAGUUUGUACGUCUUGUAUGGUUCGCUAUUGCCGGCAUUGUGAAAAAAUUAAAGAAGAAAUCGUAAUAAUCUGCUGAAUAAACCAAUGUUGAUUGAUACGGUUGUGAAAUGUUCUUUCAAUCAGUUGAUGAAAGAUGUCUCUCCCUGCGUCUCAUCAUUGAGUGUGUCCACACAUCAUUCACUGCAAAUAAUCUAAAACAUUGUGCAGGUUAAUGGGUCUUGAGUAUUCAGAUAACUCUACAAAACAAUUGUAUAAGGAACGAAAAAUAUCUUUGUGUCCAGUAUAUAAACGAAAAAUCGAAUCUCUAGUGAAUCAUUGUAACCUUGUCCGCAGCUAUUUGCUGUAUCUGGUGAUAGUUUUGAGAGAAUAUUGUCAUAUUUUGGGUAUAAGAUUCAAACCAGAAUUCAAUGUGCUUUAAAGUCAAUUAUUCUGUGUCUGACAGCAUGGACUAUGAAAUGUGCCAGGAACCUUUUUUGACGCGAUUUUUUUACGAUGUAUGAGAAGUUUAUUAUUAAAAUUAGUGUGAUAAGUUAAGA